GCCACUGCCGAUUAUUGUUCCCGCCAGGCGAAGGCGCACUUCACGAUAAUGCUUUCUCCGCCUCGGCUUCUUCACUUAUCGAAAGGUUCCUUCCAUAAUCCGAAGGUUUCCCGGAGGGCGCCGUUUGAAGAUUCUGCAUUCUCGAAUGACUGCUUCCAGGUCGUCAGGAUUCUCAACGCAAUUUGUGCCCUGACCUCUCAACUCUGCAGUCUUUGCUCUUAUAUAUGUUUGAUCUUCUGUUCAGCUUUUUUGCCUCUCCAUAGCUGCACACUCGCUACCACGGCAUCCCUUUCCUUACUUCCAAAUUUCUGCGAUACCUCAUCGGCACGUCUUGCAAGUGGUCGCACCAGCGGUCACACCUCAGGACGUACACCCCAGCAUUUUUCGAGCGGCGGUUCGACAUCUUCGUGGGGGAGCGGUCCCUCCAGAUCACUACGCGGAAGCGUGUCUUCCUACCCUUUACCGUCAAGCAGCCUACGCGAGAUUCCUACCACAAUUUCUUCCAGCUCUGGAGACGCUAGAACAUACCAUCUGGAAGUUGUGCAACAACCGGAGACUACGGCAGAGUUCGGGGCUGCUGCCCUGUCUCGUCUACCGAUUGCACCUCCGCUCUUCGUACAACUCAUCAUACGCGACUUCAGAGGAAAUGUCAUUGAGAAUGAGCCGGACCUGCCGUUCUUUAUCGCACAUCUUUCGCUUUAUAGCGGAGAUGGCAGGACUCUGCUGGACGAGCGGCGCGGUAGCGGGGCUUUCCCACCUGAUCGUCUGCUUUACGGCAACAUCGUCUCGUCGCCCCACUCAUUGCGCAAUCUGCAUGGCAGUCCCGGCAUAUAUUUUCUCUUUCCGGACGUCAGCGUCCGAUACCGCGGUCUAUACACUCUGCGCAUUUCUCUGAUGCGGCUUUCUAGGUACGAUAGACUUCCCCUUGAGCAGGGCAGAUGAGCUUCUCACCUUUAGCGAAUCUAGUGUGGACGCAAGAGGGAUGGUUCAGGUCGGUCAAAGUGGCACGGUCUUGACGUACACCAUAACACAGCCGUUUGAAGUCCGGGAGCGAGCCACAUAUAUUGCGCCUCCACAAACGCCUUUGACGGAAUUCUUCUUGCAGCAAGGGGCCCGAAUGUACGCUUUCCAAAGUUCUCGAUCACGACUACAUCAGAGUCCUUUCUAAGUUUCAUCUGCUCUACAUAUACCCACUUGCACACGGUCACUCACGCCAUCUCGUCCGACAGCCCUCCUUAAGAAUCGACUCUCCCGCGCUCGCCAGCCACAGCUACAAUAUAAGCACUCAGCCCUUUCGUCUUCGACUUUCGAUUCUAAUUCUCCAUAUUUUCCUUUCUUGGCCUCUCGUGGCCGCAACGCACACGAUCGAGAAGCGCACGCAACUUUCAUUUUCUAGUUCCGUUCCUAGUAUUCUUCAUUUGUAUGAUCACUCGCAUUCGACCUUCGCUGUAUAUUUUUGGAUCCACGUUUCUUGUUUUCCACCCUGAUGGCUGAGCGCGCGGCCCUAUCUCAAUACUGUGUCGUGAUCGACAAUUGUGCGAGUGGGAGCGAAAUUGAAGACACCGUCCGGGGUCUCUAUUUCUGUACCGCCGGUGGGGUUUGGUUAUGUUAUUAAUUGAGCCGAGCAAUGAUCACCGUGGGCCUGUCAAAUACGACGUCACCCUCGAUACUGUUUUAGACUCUAGAGUACGCUGCCAUCUAUAAACUUUUCUUCUUGUUCGACUAAUUCGGUCAAAGCAGGGACUUGUAGCCGACGUGAAUCUCGCGUCUUGCGGAUGUACUUCGUAUGCUUAAUAGUUUGCCGCUCUCCUUACCCACAAGGGGUCGCUACAGCCGACCAGCAAUGC